AUGUCAUCCCGGUCUGCUGGGCAGGAUGCGCUCUUCAAGUACGUCGAGGGCUUCGCUCACGAUCCCGACGACGCGCUGGUCGAAAGGUGCCGCGCCAUAUGCCAACCUUAUAACCACCCCUUUAUCGGCCCAGUCCUUCAGUACAAGGUCGACGAUUAUAACUUAGGCAGACACCUAGUAUUCUGCAAGGGUACGCAUCCGGACAACCCCGACAACCCCGGUCGUGUCUGGAUGCCUGUUUCUCCGCCCCUCACCAUUGCUCAACGCCGUCUGGUGCGAGAAUUUCGCGACGAGCGCGGCUUGCGCGCAGACGGCACACUCGUUGCGAAGAAGGUACCUACGCUCCCCAAGAAAGCUGGCCAAAAGAAGAAAAAGAAAAAGCUCAAUACGCCGUCUUCCGAGAUAAUCGACAUCAGCUCCGAUACCGCGCCACCUUCUCCGGACACCUCCCGAGCGCGUCUCGCCCGAUCGCCAAGUGUCGAAAUCAUCCGCGUCGUACCCGCGCCCGUGCGCGUUCUUCACGACAAGCUCGAUAUUUGGUAUUUCUCGGACAACGAGAAGCUCCCGGUAUCCUUGACCCUCAAGGCUCGGCCCGCUCGUCAAGAAUUCCGUUUUCGUCAAUACGAGGACGUUCUGCUGUCUAUCGAGCUCAAACAGACGGACGCGGUCAUGGUUCUCACCACGGCCAUCGGAGGCAUCCGGACGUGGUCCACCUUCCGCGUAUCCGAUCUCAUGAUCCCGCGCACUCAGUGCAAGAUCGUCCUCGCCCGCCCGCGUGUGCAGACCCCGCACAGCCGCAUCUUAGACUAUGAAGACCACGCAUACCCGGGAGCCGCCUCGCUGUCGAAACGUAUCCUGCCGCUACCGUAG